UUCACAAAACGAGUGGCAGCAGCAGCAGCUGUGGUGGUCGUACCCGGACGGACGCUGCUGAACGCAGUGCUCUCACUAGCCUCUCAGUAACGUCUUGACUAUAGUGAAUAAUGAUGGGGAACAGAUAGUUAUGAUUACUUUAUUUAUAUAAAAACUCAAUAUGGACAAAAAACUACAUGAAGUUUAAAAAUACAGAACAUUAAUCAAAAUUAAUCACUUCUAAAAUGAGGACAAACAUGGUGGCGAAGGUGACACUAGUGAUUGUGGUGGUAAUGACACUCGCCUCACCAGCACAUGCCUUUGUAAACCAAUUGUUGGAGGACUUGUAUGAUAUCAUCUAUGACAGAUUUGUUAAGCCUGUAGUGGAAACUGUAGUAGGAGGCGGCACUGGAUUAGUGUUCAAUGCCCUCACAUUUAACUUCCUAGGCUUACGGCCAAACAUAGAAAGAAUUUUUACGACUGUGGUGAUAGAAGGAGGAGGGGUCCUUAUCAGUACCAUCGCUGAAAUCAUAUAUCUUAUUGUAUUGGGAAUCAUAGAAACAAUCAUCUGGAUCAUAGCAGAAACAGUUGAAGUAAUAACGGACAUAAAAAUAAAUAUAAUAUAUAGUACCCUCCAGCUCUUACUUGAGUUUAUCAGUCCAGGAGGUCUUGGCUUGUUUGGCUUGAGAGAGAUCAGUGGACGUUUGAACAAUAAAAUUGCCUACAGCGCAGACACCCCUGCCAGUAAUGAAUCAGCAUUAGUGUUGAGACAUCACAGAAGUGCGGACACAGACUAUAAGCUGAAGCAGGACUUCGAAAAUGCAACUUCACGUGACCCUCUGCAGUGUGUUCCUCUUGUGUUCUGUGCCAUUUAUGCUGACUCUGAAGACCUUGUUUCCACUGAAGAAGCAGCAUUUAGGAAAGUCUUCAGACCAUACUUCGCAGGAGAGUCAGUCCCAGACUGGGCACAACCGUAUGUUCGUGCGGCAGACAUAGGCGCUGCCACAAAAUCUUCAGAAUCCUGCAGAGAGACAUAUUCAUCAUGCGGUUUUUCUCCAAAUCAUUUAAGGAAACUCAUUGCACAAGCAAUGAAUACAAAAGUUAAAUUCACUGAAGACUAAAGUGAUAAACUGUGAUGAAUUUUGCUAUUAUACUAUGACAGAACUGCCAUAAUUACAAGUAUUGUACUGAAGUAAAACAACAGUGCAGUGGGACCCCCUGUAUCCUCGGGUCCAGUAUCCACCGUUUCAGUUAUCUGUGGUUUACCGUGGCCCAAAAAUAACCUUUAAUUUUGCUUAAUAAUGGCCUCAAAGUGCAAAAGUAGUGAUGGUGGAAGUUCUUCAGAGCUAAAGAGAAGCCAUGAAGUGCUUCCCAUCAGUGAAAAAGUGAUAAUUAUCUGCUGGUGUGUAAUUUAUCAAUUAAAUUACACACAAAUGGCAUACAUAGGGUUCCCUACUAUCCAUGGUUUCAGCGUCUGUGGCAGGUCCUUGGAACGUACACCCCAUGGAUACAAGGGUCUUACAGUACUGUGAUUUUAUUCCUUAACAAAUUUGCUCAAUGCAAAUAGACAAAUUUGCAUGAAUUAAAGUACAGUGGAGCCCUAGUGUUUGAACUUAAUUGGUUCCUAGGUGGUGUUGGAACUGCAAAAAGUUCAGUGUCCAAAACAGUAUUCCCAGGUUUUAAUUAUCAGCCCCUCACACUGGAAAAUGUUGAACUGACUCUUCCAAAAGUCUCUGAGAGUUAGGUUAGUGUUAGUGGCCACAUCAAAACACUUUUGAAACAGGGCUUUUGUGUAAAUUUUCUUAUAACUAAAUUUUAAACAAGUGCUUUUGAACUCCAGAAAAACAUUAAAAAAUCAGAUAAAUUUUUUCUGAACAAAACUGUUAGGACUCUGGUUUGUUCAAGGUCCGAUACGUUAAAACACUGAGGUUCCACUGUAUUGUACGUACUUAAGAUGCAACAAGGGUAGAUAGAUACUUAAUGCUUGAUACAGUGUUUUACUCAUGAGUGAGAUUUAUCGAGUACGUGACACAAUGAGAAAAAUUACAGCUCAUACAGGUGUAAAUAGUUGUGGAUCUCUGCCAAAAGCUUACUGGCUCACAUUAGGUUUCCUCCAUUCCAAGAUGGAGUGUGCUGUGGGAGUCAUCAGUGUGAACAUACAGUUUUGUUUUAUGGUGUUAGUUUGAUUAUAGAUUACUCCAAAUAUCUACAUUUAAUUUUGUAAUUUUCUUGAAAUAGCUUUGUCAUAUGUUGUGAUGUGAGAGUGAGUGCUGCAUUGAUCAUGUUGUCCACUUUACAGGAGUACUUGUACUUCGGUAGGUAUAUAGGAAGACUCCUAGCAGUUUCUCCAAUUUCAAGAUGUUAUAGAUGUCUGCUGCGUAGGGUGUGGAGGCCCUCGUGUUGUCUUGAAUUGUUUAGUGGUAACCACAGCAAUAAUGGUGUUGAAUUUGUUUAAUAUAGGGGUCACUAUGCCAAGUCAACACAAUGCUGUGGUUGCUACCAAAACUAUCCAAAACUUCAUGAGGACUGCAGUGCCCUACAAAGAAUCUAAGGAUGCAGGAUUCUGUGCCUACAGAAAUGAAAGCAUCUGUAAAAUGAACAACACAAACAACGCAUGUGUGUAAAAUCACAACACCCACUCUCACAUCAUAGCAAGGAACGGAGCCAGGCCACUAUUUCAAGAAAAGCACCAAAUUAAAUGGAAGUACAGUGGACCCCUGACAUAUGAUGUCCCCAGCCUACGUUAAAACUGACCUUCGAUGCUUUUCAGCGUAAAAAUUAGACCCCAAUGUAUUGAAAAACUCGACUACAGCAUUUGCCCCAUACUGCAUCCACACGUCUGUCCACCUGAGCGCGCCUCAGCUGGCCUGCCUUCAGUUAGUGUGCCAAUGUUUACAAGUCAAAGUGGUCACUCCCACGCAUACAUUCGGAAUAUUUGGUAUUAUUCCAGUGUUUUUAGUGCUUCUAACUGCUAAAUAAGCCACCAUGAGCCCAAAGAAAGCUUCUAGUGCCAACCCUGUAGUAAAAAGGGUGAGAAAUACUAUCGUACCACGUCAGCUGCUGCUGCUGCUGUAACAAGGGCUGGUGGUGCUGCUGUAGCACCAGCUGCUGCUGUAGCACCGUCAGCUGCUGCUGUAGCACCAUCAGCUGCUGCUGUA